AUGUCUUUCCCCCCUCAUUUGAAUCGUCCUCCUGUGGGAGUCCCAGCACUUCUACCAGGGAUUCCAACCUCACAGUUUCCUGAUUUUCCUCCACCUGUACCACCAGGAACUCCAAUGACUCCUGUACCAAUGAGCAUGAUGGUUCCUGCCCCAGCUGUCUUAGUGCCCACAGAAUCCAUGGUUAGAAAUUAUUUGGGAGCCAUAUGUGGUCCCGCUACUACAGUUUUUGUUGGAAACAUUUCCGAGAAAGCUUCAGACAAGCUUAUAAGACAGCUCCUAGCUAAAUGUGGUCUGGUUUCAAGCUGGGAGAGGGUAAAGGGUGCUUCUGGAAAACCUCAAGCGUUUGGAUUCUGUGAGUAUAAGGAGCCUGAAUCUACCCUCCGUGCACUCAGGUUAUUACAUGACCUGCAGAUUGGAGAGAAGAAGCUCCUCGUUAAAGUUGAUGCAAAGACAAAGGCACAACUUGAUGAAUGGAAAGCAAAGAAGAAAGCCUCAAAUGGGAAUGCCAGACCAGAGACCGUCACUACUGAUGAUGAAGAACCUUUAGAUGAAGAAACAAAAAGAAAAGAUCAACUGACUAAAAUGGCCUUUGAAGUAUUAAUACGCAAAUUCUCCAGUGAACUCAAUGCCCCUUCACAGGAGUCUGAUGCUUCUCCUAGGAAGAAAACGCAAGAAAAGAAAGAAGUGGCUCAAUUGAUUCCUUAUCCACUCACCACUGAGGAGGAUAUAAAUGAUAUAGAAAUGGAAGAGGACAAAAGAGAUCUAAUAUCCCGAGAGAUCAGCAAAUUCAGAGACACACACAAGAAACUGACAGAAGAGAAAGACAAAAAGGAGAAAGAAAGACAGGAAAUUGAGAAAGAACGGAGAGAAAGAGAGAGGGAGCGUGAAAGGGACCGAGAAAGGCGAGAACGUGAACGAGAAAAAGAGAAGGAACAGAAGCGAGAACGUGAUCGAGACCGAAAAUGGAGCUCUGAUCGGAAUAAGGAUCAGAGUCGAUCAAGAGAGAAGAGCCGAGACAGUGAACGGGAGCGAGAGCGAGAAAGAGAGCGAGAGCGAGAAUGGAAAAGAGAGCGAGAGCGUGAGAGAGAGCGCGAGAGGGAACGGGAGCGUGCGCGAGAGAAGGACAAGAAACGUGACCGAGAGGAGGAAGAAGAUGCGUAUGAAAGGAGAAAGCUGGAAAGAAAACUCCGAGAGAAGGAAGCUGCUUAUCAAGAGCGGCUUAAGCACUGGGAAAUCCGUGAACGAAUCAAAACCCGGGAAUAUGAAAAAGAAGCUGAGCGAGAAAAAGAAAGAAGGCGAGAGAUGGCAAAAGAAGCUAAGCUUUUGAAAGGAUUCUUAGAAGAUUAUGAUGAUGAUAGAGAUGAUCCCAAGUAUUACAGGGGAAGUGCUCUUCAGAAAAGAUUGCGUGAUAGGGAAAAGGAAAUGGAAGCAGAUGAACUUGACAGGAAGAGAGAAAAGAAAGAACUGGAGGAAAUUAGGCAGCAUCUGGCAGAAGGACACCCAGACCCAAAUGCAGAGCUCCAAAGGAUGGAGCAAGAGGCUGAGAGACGUAGACAACCACAAAUAAAGCAAGAACCAGAAUCAGAGGAAGAGGAGGAAGAAAAAGAAGAAAAACGAGAAGAGCCGGUAGAAGAGGAAGAGGAACCAGAGCAGAAGCCUUGUCUGAAACCCACUCUGAGACCCAUCAGCUCUGCUCCAUCCGUUUCCUCUGCCAGUGGCAAUGCAAUCCCCAACACACCUGCGGAUGAUUCUCCCUGCGGUAUUAUUAUUCCUCAUGAAAACUCACCUGAUCAACAACAGCCUGAAGAACAUAGGCCAAAAAUAGGACUUAAACUGGGUGCUUCCAAUAGUCCUGGCCAACCUAAUUCUGUGAAGAGAAAGAGGCUACCUAUAGAUAGUGUCUUUAACAAAUUUGAGGAUGAAGACAGUGACGAUGUACCCCGAAAAAGAAAACUGGUUUCUUUGGACUAUGGUGAAGAUGAUAAAAAUGCUGCCAGAGGCACAGUGAACACAAAAGAAAAGCGCAGGCACAUUAAAAGCCUCAUUGAGAAAAUUCCCACGGCCAAACCUGAGCUCUUUGCCUAUCCCCUUGAUUGGUCCAUUGUGGAUUCAAUAUUGAUGGAACGCCGAAUUAGACCAUGGAUUAAUAAGAAAAUGAUAGAAUACAUAGGUGAAGAAGAAGCGGCAUUGGUUAAUUUUGUUUGUUCUAAGGUUAUGGCUCAUAGUUCACCUCAGAGCAUUUUAGAUGAUGUAACCUUCGUACUGGAUGAAGAAGCAGAAGUUUUUACAGUCAAAUUGUGGAGAUUAUUGAUAUAUGAAACAGAAGCUAAGAAAAUUGGUCUUGUGAAGUAA